GCAAACGUAUGACAGAGGCAGUAAAAGAAAUUUUGAAAACCCUUUUUCAUGCUGGUGAUGAAGAUAAAAGUGAGAGAUAUUCGGCAAAAGAAAUGCUUCAAGAUCUGCAACAAAGAGUAUAUACAGAAGAGUUAGAGGCUGACGAGAUUCUAUAA